GAGCUGACCCUGCCGCCGCCUGUGCUGUGUGUGAAGUGUCUGCUCCUCCUCCUCCUCCUCCUCCCCUGCUGUGGGUGAACCUGCGCUACGGGCUCUUCACCGACACGGGGAGGGGGUGGUUUGUAUAUGUGUUUAAGGCAAAGAGAGAGAGAGAGAAAGAAAGAGAGAGACCUUCCAUCCACUGAAGCACAGUUCACUAUGAUCGUACUCGCAUUCAGCACUGGAAGCCGGUUGGAUUUCGUGUCUCAGUCCAGGGUGUUUUUCUUGCAAACCUUCCUUUGGAUUUUAUGUGCUACAGUGUGCAAAGCGGAGCAGUAUUUCAGUGUGGAGGUAUGGUUACAAAAGUAUGGCUACCUCCCACCAACUGACCCCCGAAUGUCGGUGUUGCGCUCUGCAGAAACCAUGCAAUCAGCUAUAGCUGCCAUGCAGCAGUUCUAUGGCAUUAAUAUGACAGGAAAAGUGGACAGGAACACAAUUGACUGGAUGAAGAAGCCUCGAUGUGGUGUGCCUGACCAAACAAGAGGUAGCUCCAAAUUUAACAUUCGGCGGAAACGCUACGCGUUAACAGGACAGAAAUGGCAACACAAACAUAUCACUUACAGCAUAAAGAACGUCACUCCAAAAGUAGGUGAUGCUGAAACUCGUAAAGCCAUUCGCCGUGCCUUUGAUGUGUGGCAGAAUGUAACUCCCUUAACAUUUGAAGAAGUUCCUUACAUUGAAUUAGAAAAUGGCAAGAGGGAUGUGGAUAUUACAAUCAUUUUUGCAUCAGGUUUUCACGGAGACAGUUCUCCCUUUGAUGGAGAGGGAGGAUUUUUGGCUCAUGCAUAUUUUCCUGGGCCAGGAAUUGGGGGAGACACUCAUUUUGACUCGGAUGAGCCAUGGACUUUGGGAAAUCCAAAUCAUGAUGGAAAUGAUCUGUUUCUAGUUGCAGUGCAUGAACUGGGACAUGCUCUGGGCUUGGAGCACUCGAAUGAUCCCACUGCAAUCAUGGCUCCAUUUUACCAGUAUAUGGAAACAGACAACUUCAAACUACCUAAUGAUGAUUUACAGGGCAUCCAGAAGAUAUAUGGUCCACCUGACAGGAUCCCACCACCAACAAGACCUCUGCCAACAGUGCCCCCACAUCGUUCCAUCCCUCCAGUAGACCCACGGAAGAAUGACAGGCAGCCUAAACCUCCACGACAACCCACUGGUGACAAACCUUCCUAUCCUGGAGCCAAGCCUAACAUCUGUGAUGGGAACUUCAACACUCUGGCUAUUCUUCGCCGGGAAAUGUUUGUUUUCAAGGAUCAGUGGUUUUGGCGAGUCAGAAACAACAGGGUGAUGGAUGGAUACCCCAUGCAGAUUACUUAUUUUUGGAGAGGACUGCCUCCCAGCAUUGAUGCCGUUUAUGAAAACAGUGAGGGGAAUUUUGUCUUCUUUAAAGGUAACAAGUUCUGGGUUUUCAAGGACACUACUCUCCAGCCAGGUUAUCCUCAUGAUUUGAUAACACUUGGAAGUGGAAUUCCUUCCCAUGGUAUUGAUUCAGCAAUUUGGUGGGAAGACGUUGGAAAAACAUACUUCUUCAAAGGAGAUAGGUACUGGAGAUACAGUGAAGAAAUGAGAUCCAUGGACCCUGGCUAUCCCAAACCAAUCACAAUUUGGAAAGGUAUCCCAGAAUCUCCUCAAGGAGCCUUUGUCCACAAAGAAAAUGGCUUCACGUAUUUCUACAAAGGAAAAGAGUACUGGAAAUUCAAUAACCAGAUGCUCAGGGUGGAACCUGGCUAUCCAAGAUCCAUCCUCAAGGAUUUUAUGGGUUGUGAUGGACCAGCGGAUCGAGAUAAAGACCGACACAGCCCUCAAGAUGACGUUGACAUUGUCAUCAAACUGGACAACACAGCCAGCACUGUGAAAGCCAUAGCCAUCGUUAUUCCCUGCAUCCUGGCCUUGUGCCUCCUUGUCUUGGUUUACACUGUGUUCCAGUUCAAAAGGAAAGGAACACCUCGCCACAUACUGUACUGCAAACGCUCUAUGCAAGAGUGGGUGUGAUGUAGGGUUUUGGUUUUUUCUUUCCCUCCCAGGAGUUUGUGGUAACUUGAGAUUCAACACAAGAGUUGUUAUGCAGUUUCCUAGCUAGGAGCGGGCAUCUGUCGGUCUGAAACAAAGCUGAUCUUUAAAACCCAGGAGGUUGCCUGUCCUGCGCAUGAGUGACGAUUCUCUCGGCUGGGAAGCUUCCGUGAUACACAGUAUCUGCUGUUCUUCAGUCCUUUGUCUUUCUUUGUCAUUCGAUCCUAGGCCUUUCCUCUGCACGCUCAAUGCCCAAUAAACUAUCAGGAUUAACUAAUGAGGAGGAAAAACAAAACAAAACAAAAUAAAAUCUCCAGUGUUUCUACAUUUUUCCCUUAAGGCCUGUUCCCCUUUGAAAUAUUUUUUGCUGAAAGUAAAUUUUUUUAGAAAAACACAACAACCCACAACAGAACUUUCAGGAAAGUGAGAAGACCCAAAACAGCUUUGUCUCCAAAGAGGAUUGCUUUCUGUCUGCUAUGGAUACAGUCCUAAACUCCUACUUCCAGUUUUGUCAGGUGGGAGACUCGGAUGACGUGCAGGACUUCAAGACUGUUCGGACAGCCAUUUUCCAACAAACAAGGGGCCAAAAUAUCUGCAAUAUAGUAACAGCCUUAAUAAUACAUUCAUUUUGUGUUUUUUACAGCUGCUCUGGGCUACGUCCUCAAUGUUUUAAACUCGUUUAUAUUCAUUAUGAUAUUCAAGCAGGAGCUUUUUAUUGGUUUGUUUGAUUUUCGGUUGAUUUUCCUGCAUAAUCUUUCCCAAGUUGUACCAAGCCAACUGCCCCAGGCCUUUCAUAGGUCUGUCAGGAGUACUCAUUCCAAAGCAUGGUAAAAAGCAGUGUGUCUCUGAAGUGGAUUUCAAUGAACUAAAGCAACAGUCAUGCUGUAGAGAAACUCAAUGCUGGUAUUACAUUGGUGGUGUAACCCUUUGAGAACUAUUGCAUCCGUUUUCAGAGUCCGGUGGAUGUUAAUCUCAGUUGUCAUUAAAUUAUGAGAUUGUGUUUGGGUAAUACAGGUUUAAAAAGAAAACCAGUUUUUCAAAACAGAUUUCCUGUGACUGCAAGUGAAUGUUUCUUAUUAUUUGCAUUAUCAGUAUAAAAACAUUUGUAACAUAACUAGAAAAGAAAAUAUAUUUACCAGCUACUUUCUGGUUAAAGGAAUCAAACCUAUUUUAAUAACUAAUAACACUUACCAAGAAUUUUUCUGAACUGGAGACAGUUUUAUAGCUUAGCUUUUUGUCUUAAGCAUCUUGGAUUUCUCUUUUAAACUGUGUUGCAUGAUAAUUCAAUUUGCCUCUCCAGAGGUAGAAUUACAGUUUCAAAGGAAAGCUAAAACGAAGACUCUGGUAUUGCAUGAGUAUCCUCUGGUGUGUUACCCCUUUGCAUGUUCACCAUAGUUCUCAAAGGGUUAGUCAAGUUUCUGGCCUUCAGCUGAACAUAGUAUCACUGACAGAGCCAGGGGACCACCAAAGCAUUUUGUCUUUGUGUAAUUUGUGCUAACAGCAGUAUUGUCAUUUUCAUGUGAUCUGCAGAGCAGGUUUGUAUCAAUAUUUUUUUCCUAGAGAAAAGUCAGCAACUGACAGACCUCUUUAUUGAUUUUAGGAGCUGCUUCUUGCAGUGAUAGGCUUUACAGUCACUGGGCUGUGAACUUAUUAAAGAUGGUCAGAAUGAUGCACCCCAAAAGUCAGACACCUGGUUUUUUAUGAAAGCCAGGAUUUGAGGGGAGUAGCUUUUGCAACAAUGAACAGCUUGCCUUGAACUUGAUUAUUGACCUGUUGACUGUCAUUACCAAGUUAAACAUAGUCUUCUGUGAACAGCUUCACUGUCUGAAUUUCCUUAAAGUGUACUGUCCUAUGUCUUUGAUCUUUAACCUCUGACUUACAAACUGGCACAAACUGAAGGGAAUCUGGUGUUGCAAAUGAACUAAGAUGAGUUUCAUUUCUUAAAAGACCUGAUAUACACUAUCCAAAAACUGAGUAAAAAUGUUCAAGUGUUUUCUUAGGAAAGAACUGACAAAACCUGAAAUAUUUAUGAUAGAUCUGUAGAAGGGUAUUUUGCUAUGUAUACAUGCACACUCUAAAAAUGAGCUACAGUCAAAGUUAAUUUUUAUUUAACUUGAAUACAAUUUUCAGUAUAAAAUUAUCAUUUCUACAAAUAGCUAGAUAUUAAUUAAAAGGUUAUAGGAAAGUAUUAAAAUACUUGAAAUGGCCAGUAUUGGCUUUUACAUAAAAUGAAACUUUUAUACUACAUUCAGUCAAUUUCUUACUUGUUUCUUAAUCCACAUAACUGGAUCAUUUUUUAGAGAGUGUAAGUAUAUAUGCAUAUAUAUUAUGGUUAUUAUUAUUUUGGUAAUGGAUAGCUUGACUGCCUUGAAUUUAUAUUUAUAUUGAGCAUAGCAUGAAAAAUAGUAUGCCUUUUUGUUAAAUUACAUGAUUUUAUAUUGAUUUGAAGACUUAUUUUAUGAACAUAUGUGGCAUGCUAUAAAGCAUUGCAAACUUGUUUCUUAGAGCAUAAACAGAUAUGCAUAUGUACGGCUAACAAAAAUGAAGACUAGAGAAAGGUAUAUAUUUACAACAAAUAUGCAAUGCAGAUGGCAUUUUGGAAUUUUGUAGAGGUACUGCACACUGUAGUUUAGAAGUGCAUCAGUAUCAGCCCAUAGCAUUAUUUAGUAAAUCCAGUUCAGCUGUUGCUGAAAAGAUACAUUAACAGUUAAGUAACAGCUUGUUUACUGUUCAUCAGCUCAUUUGGUGAAUUUGGAAUUCUAUACCUUUUUGUCAUAUAUAUAUAAAAAUGUGUGUGUGGUUGUAUACUUAUAAAUGUAGACAAACACACACAUGCACAUACAUGCAUAUUUUAAUCCAUGGAGAGAUUUUUAAUGUCAGCAAACUACUAUAUCUUUUGUUCUGCUACAGGAAGAACAAAAUUAUUCAUGUUGCUAUUCCAAUUUUGUCUCUUGGAUAGUUGGUGGAAAAUACUACUAGCACUACUUAUUCUGCAUUUGGUUUUCCUCUACAGUAGGAGAACUUAUUUUAUAUUAUCUUGAAGUCAGAAGAGCAUCUCAUCUGUUCUUUUAUUCACUGGAAAAUUUCACUUUAAUUUUGAAAUAUCUUUCAUGGCAGCUUUAACUUUUCUGUGCAACUGUUUCCCUGACUGUAAUGAAGUGCUGAGCAUGUUGACUGUUGUUCUUUGAUUAGGUAACAAAAAUGUUUGUAUUUGGAGAAUUUAACUUUAAUUAUGCAGGAAGGUAAGUGUGAUAAGUCUAGUGCUUGGUAUAUGGUACAUCAUAGACACAUGAGUACAUAAUAAGUUGAUUGUUUAAUCUAUUUUCUUUUAAUUAAAAGUGCAUAUAUAUUAUAUACAGAGAGAGGGAGAAAAGAAUAAUAUUAUAUUGGCAUGUUUAUGUCAUACAGAGCAAGAUUGUGUCAGAAUUUCUAUUACGUACUCCUAUUUUCAGUAUGUUAUAACACAGUCAUAAAGGUUUGCUUUAAGAAAAAAUGUAGGAGCAGUUGUGUUCACUGUAAUUCUCAAAUACAUACUGCCUAGUUUCAAAUUAUAGAAGUUCAGAAAAAAUAAGUGAUGUUGCCUGAUUUCAUUUUGAACUCAAACAAGUAAAAGUUCUAAGACAAUGUUAUUUUUUUGAACAGUUGUUUUUCUACCAGGACUUAUAAUUCGAAGAAUUAAGAAAAAACAAAUUGAAAAUAUUUUCAGUUCUGCAAUCUGGGUUCCUGCUCGUGUGCCGUAACUUUUUUUUCAUCAAGUUUUCAAUAAACAUUUCCGUAUUGCUA